UUCGCCAAAAAUGGAUACAACAAAACAAGAAAAUAAAAAAUUCAAACCAAGUUUAAAAUCAAAACAAAAAAGAAAAUUACUAUCAAAAAAUUCAUCAUCGAAUCAUAAAGCAUUUGCCAUCAAAUCGGCUGUCAAAGCUGAGAAACAAUUUCGUCGUAAACAAGAUAUAAUCGCUAAACGGGAACGUUUACCACAAAUUGAUCGUCAACCAUUGGAACCACCACCAUUUGUCGUAUCGGUUGUUGGUCCACCAAAAGUUGGAAAAACAACAUUGAUUCGUGGUUUGAUACGGAAUUAUACUCGUCAAAAUAUCACUCAAAUUACUGGACCGAUUACAAUCGUGUGUAAUAAAAAUUUGCGUAUAACAUUGAUCGAAUGUAACAACGAUAUUAAUUGUAUGAUCGAUGUGGCGAAAAUUUCCGAUUUAGUUUUGCUUGUUGUGGAUGCAAGUUUUGGUUUCGAGAUGGAAACAUUUGAAUUCCUCAAUAUUUGUCAAGCACAUGGUUUUCCGCGUAUAAUGGGUGUUUUGACGCAUUUGGAUGUAUUCAAAAAUCCAAAAAAAUUACGACGAACUAAAAAACAAUUGAAACACCGUUUUUGGACUGAAAUUUAUGCUGGUGCCAAGUUAUUUUAUCUUUCGAAACUAGUGCAUCAAGAAUACCUUCGCAAUGAAAUUCAUAAUUUGGCUCGUUUUAUAUCAGUGAUUAAAUUUCGUCCACUUGAAUGGAAUUCCAAUCAUCCAUAUUUGAUUGUUGAUCGAAUGGAAGAUUUAACGAAUCCUGAUGAAAUUCGAUUGCAACCAAAAUGUAAUCGUAAAGUUUGUCUAUUCGGUUAUUCUCGUGGUGCCAAUUUCAAACCAAAUCAAGCCGUCCAUAUUCCUGGUUGUGGCGAUUUCCAGAUUCAUAGCAUCAAUUUUAUUCCGGAUCCAUGUCCAUUACCAGAGAAAGAACCGAUAAAGAAAAAACGCAGAUCAUUAAAAGAGAAGGAUAAAUGUAUCUAUGCUCCAAUGGCUGGUGUUGGUGGUAUCGUAUUUGAUAAAGAUGCCAUUUAUAUUGAUCUUGGUGGUAGCCAUUCAAUGGGAAAUGAUGCGGCGAAAACUAUGACUGAAGAUGAGCAAAUUGUCGCUGAAAUUAAUCAAACUGCACAGCCAUUAAAUGUGCAGAUUUCUUCAUCCGAAUUGAAAUUAUUCUCUAAAACAUUUGAAGAAUCGAAUUCAAAAGAUUCGACAAAAUUACGACGAAAAGUCAUUUUCGAUGAUGAAGACGAUGAUAUCGACAGUGAUGACAAUGAUGAUGAUGAUGAUGAUGAUGACGAAGAUGAGGAAUCUGAUUUUAGUGAGAAAAAGCUUGCAAUUGGAGAAAAUUCAGAAGUGGAAGAUGACGAAGAUGUUGCCUUUUUUAGUUCCGAUGAUGAUGAUGAUGAUGAUAAUGACGAUCUGGAUGACAACAAACGAAAUGAAUGGAAAGAUAAUUUGCGGAAAAAAGCUAGUGAGUCUUUUUAUCAACGUAUUGCAAGAACAGUGGAUAUACAGAAAUUGGUUUAUGGUGAAAUGGAUUCGAUAAUGUUCAAAAAUGAAAAAAAUCCUGUUGAUUCAUCGAAUCAUGAAAUUUCCGACGGACUUUUUCGGCAGAUUCCGACCGAUGAUAGUGGCAAUGAUUCACGUAGUAUGAAAUUUACUAUGAAUUCAUUGGAAUGUUCGAAUUUUCCAGCAGAUUUAUUAAUCGAUUUCGCUAAUGAUCCAACGGAAUUGGAUUCUAUUCGUGAUUGUUUCAUCACCGGGCAAUGGAAUGAAAAUGAAGAUGCCGGAACGAUUCUGGAACGAGAUAAACGUCUUCGAGAUGAACUUGAUGCACAAGAUGAUGAUGAAUUAUAUGAUGAUUUUGAAGAUUUAGAAAAUAUCGAUGAUAAUGACAAAAUAAAAAUUGAAGAUGAUGAAAUGAUUGACGACGAUAAUGAUGAUGAUGACGACGAUGGAGAUGGAAAAGAUUUAAUGGACAAGAAAAUGAUGAAAAAACAGCAAUUCAAUGAAGAAUAUGACAAUUUGAAAAGUAAAAAUGUUCUCAAUACAGGUGGCGAUGAAAAAAUGUUUAUUGAUUUUGAAAAGGAAAAAAUUCAAAGACAAUCAGAAUUAAAUCGAAAAGAAUUUGAAAAUAUGCCCAUGGAACAACGUGUGCAGUAUGAAGGUUUCCAGGCUGGUCUUUAUCUUCGAAUCGAAUUGACGCAGGUACCGUGUGAAUUGGUCACCAAUUUUGAUCCAUCAUAUCCAAUUAUUGUUGGUGGCUUGCAGCAUGCAGAGACUGACAUUGGUUUUGUUCGUACACGAUUGAAAAAACACCGUUGGUAUAAUCGAAUAUUGAAAACAAAAGAUCCUCUAAUCAUAUCAUUGGGUUGGCGUAGAUUUCAAACGCAACCAUAUUAUUCCAUUGAAGAUCAUAAUGGUCGGAAUCGUUUAUUGAAAUAUACACCACAGCAUAUGCAUUGUAUGGCAUCGUUUUGGGGACCAAUAACGCCACAAAACACGGGUUUUGUUGCUUUUCAAAAUAUUUCAGAAAGAACCACACAAUUUCGUAUUGCAGCCACAGGUGUUGUUUUAGAUCUGGAUAAAGCUUCGCAAAUUGUUAAAAAACUUAAAUUAAUUGGACGACCGAUAAAAGUUUACAAGAAAACGGCAUUCAUUGGUGAAAUGUUUAAUUCGCCACUAGAAGUAACGAAAUUUGAAGGAGCUGCCUUGCGGACUGUAAGUGGUAUUCGUGGUCAAAUUAAAAAACCAAUUAGAUCACCAGAUGGUGCAUUCCGUGCAACAUUUGAAGAUAAAAUCUCAUCAAAUGAUAUUGUAUUUUUACGAACAUGGGUUAAUGUACCGGUGGCCAAAUUCUAUGCAACCGUCACGUCAUUAUUGAUGCCAAUCGAUCAGAAAGAUCAAUGGAUCAGUAUGAAAACUACCGGCAGAUUACGUUAUGAAAAUCAAAUAACCACACCGAAUAAUCCAAAAUCUUAUUAUCAAGAAUCGAAGAGAAAAGACUAUCGUUUCAAACCAAUGAUUAUACCGAAUAAAUUGCAGGAAGAAUUACCAUUCCGUUCGAAACCAAAAUUAAUGCCCAAAAAAUCUAAUCGAAUCGACCGAAUUGCCGUAAUAAAAGAUUCACAUGAAAGACGAACGGAUAAUUUGAUUAAAAAACUGAAAAUGGUUUAUCGUGAAACGACAAGACAAGAUCGAUUAGUGAUGCAGAAACGUGCCGAACAACAUCGAAAAGAAUUGGCGAAAAUUGAAAAAAAUCGUGCCGAAAAACAAAAAGAACGAAAAAAACAAAUUAUGCGACAACUAGGAAAAUCUCACAAAAUUUGAUUUUUUUUAUUUUAUUAUUAAAAAAAUUAAGUUUUCAA